AUUAAUUUAUUUUGUAGCUGAUGAGGUUUCAUUAGUUCAAGAGAUUAAUGCGAUAUAAUUAUAGUUUAAAUUGUACAAAUUUCUAUAAUAAUGGCAACCGAAAAUUUAUUAAAAGGGCCAUUAGUGUAGAGAUAAAUGAAUUGGCUAUCAAUAGAGAAGUUGACAAAAUAAUUAUUGAAUCAAAUGCAGUUAAUGAGGAAGAUAAAAUUCUUCUGUUAUUGAGUGCAAUAACUCAUAUAGAUUUAACUAGUUUAAAAGGCGAUGAAACAUUUGCAGAUAUUAAAAAUCUGUGCGCAAAGGCUGCCAAAGCAACUGAUAUAAAUUUUGGAUGGCAUAAACCUAUACGAACUGCAGCUGUUUGUAUUUUUCCUGCAAGUGCCUGUGAUGCAAUUCAAUCUUUAAAAGAAUUAAAUGUAAGAGACCAAGUUAAAGUCGUUAGUGUAGCUGGAGAUUUUCCCGAUGCAAAGCUUGAUUUACAAACUCGUAUCAAAGAAAUCAAACAAGUAGUUAAUUAUGGGGUAGAUGAAGUAGAUAUUGUUAUUAAUAGAAAGUUGGCAAUUGAUGGUCAAUGGCACGAACUGUAUAAUGAAUUGAAAUUAAUGCGUGAAGCAUGUGGUAAAAUAAAAAUGAAAACUAUACUUGCUACUGGAGAUUUACCUUGUUUAAAGACUGUCUAUAUUGCCUCAAUAGUAGCUAUGUUAGCUGGUUCUGAUUUUAUUAAAACAUCUACAGGAAAAGAAAUUAUAAAUGCAACUCUUCCAGUUGGUAUUGUUAUGUCAAAGGCUAUUAAAGACUAUCAUACCUCAACUGGGCUAAAGAUUGGUUUUAAACCAGCUGGUGGAAUAAAAACAGUAGAUGAUACUAUACAAUGGAUCGUACUUGUUAAAGAGGAGUUAGGUUCUAGUUGGCUAACUAAAGAUUUAUUUAGAAUUGGUGCAUCAAGUGUGCUUGAUAAUAUUAACAAAUGUGUAGAGAUUCUGAAAUUUUGAGAUAAAAUAAUUUUAGUUACCUAAAUUAU